UUUAAUUAUGUUUCUAGACUUAGAAAUGAAUGCCUUAGUAAUUAGUAGCUUACAUGGAAUAACGAAGUGCUUCUCUUCACGGGUAACUGCUACAUAUAGACCUCGAUGUGCUGAGUAAAAAAUGGAAAACAAAAACAAAUGUCUGGCAUCUUGAACUGUUGUAUGAAGGUCGUGUUGGAUUUUUAAGUUUCGUCAACUGUCCUGCGUGGCUGUCAGAAGUGAUACCACCCUCAGUGUCAAGACCUGACUGAAUUACUCAGAAUAGGCAAACUGUACUACAAGCUCUGCCAAUAAAUUUGUUAAACUAAAAAAAAAACCCUCAACGGUUAAGAAAAACUAGAAUUACAGCGUUUGAAGAGAAUAAAGUGCAUCACAGAAACAGAUGACUUUAGUAUUCAACAAAGAAAAAACACUCUUGGUGACCCGGUGAUAAGGAAAGAUUAAGGACAUGAGAGUACUGUAUGACCAAACACGAAGGUGGAGAAAAAUGUGCUGCAAAACGUUGAGAGAGAGAACUGGGUUUUACAAGAGGGUGUGACUACCUGUUAUGGAUAAUGUUGGUGUGUAUAUACGUCUCCAGAGGACAUGGACGAGACGGUGAACAACAGCAGCAACAGCGGCGGUGUGCCUCAGAAAGAGCUGCACAGACUACGCUACAGUCAUGCGGUGAAUGGUGUGGGUCAGAGGGUAAUGGCUGACACACUUAAGUGGCUGUAUCAGGGAGGCACCUCCUCUUAUAAGGACUACCUUACCCUCACCCUCGGUCUCUCCUCCACACAGUACAAGCGAGAAUUCGAUAAACACCUCAGAAAGAAGCUGGACGAUGGCGAUCCUGUCGAUUCGUUCGACAUCACGCUUUGUUAUGCUCUGCUCAGGAGGACGUGUGGACUCUCGGGGGACGAGAGUGUAUGGAGCAUCCACAGUCCUCAGAGUCCGAAUCUGGAGUACGACCUCUAUUCCGUCAAGCAACAUCGGAACCUCCUGGCCCACGAGUCCCUCACCCUGACUGAACAGCAACUGGAGGAUGUUCUCACACAACUGGAGACACUGUACUGUGAUAUUUAUGAAAGAACUGGAGCGUUGGCUGGGAUGGAUCAGCCGUAUAUCGCCCAACUAUCCAGGAACGUACGACAAGAGAUGAUGUCACUGCGCCAGAAAAUCAGAGAAAAGCUGGAUCCCUCUGAUCUUCCUCGUCUGCAACAAGAAAUCAAAGAAUGUAAUGCAUAUCUAAAAUCUGAGAUCGAGAAGAUGGCGAAAGAAGAGUUGCUGGUCAUGUACCAUCCUCUCUGCACUAUUGAAAUUGUUCCAUGGCUUCACAUUUCUGAAGGAAAUACCAAACCCAAUCAACUGUAUACGAAAAUCAUCGUGAAAGAAGAUGUAAUGGUGACUGGUACACAACGACAGAGCAGGGCAGGGCAGGAUGUUCAAAUUAAGAGCUUGCUUCAGGUCAGAACGUCCGAUAACCACUUGGCUGACGUAUUGAUCUUUACAGGUGACGGAGGACUAGGUAAAACUACCUUACUUAAGUACAUCCUCGAGAAAUGGAUGCUUGAGGACCCAGAUAUGUUAGGCCUUACCGAGUACAAACUGCUACUGUACACUGAGAUGAGGUACCCACACAUCAACAACCUGGAGCAGCUACUGGAGAACCUACUAAGUCAGACACGUCAAAGAGCUGGCAUAACUGUGGAACAUCUGAAGUGCCUCAUUCUUGAAAUGCCAAUCCUUGUCAUACUUGAUGGCUACGACGAGAAGAACCCAGCGUCGAACAACCUUGUUUAUGAAAUAUUACACAUUCGGGGCAAUAACUUGCGAGUGAUCAUUUCAACCCGGCCAAAUUGUACUGAAGAACUCAACAUACUUGUGCCAUCCACGAAACACAAAAGCAAUUUUAUCCUGCACGGAAUAGGCCCACUCCACCAAGCAGACUUCAUUGAGAAACACGUCAACUGCUUGGUGCAAGACAGCAGAAGAUUGAACGUGAAAGAAGAGGUUGUUAAGAAGCUGUCGAUGCUGCGACAGGAACUCGGGGAACUCCUUAACUCUCCCCUUACACUCACUCUCCUUGUGCUGCUGGGGGUGGAGUGCCCGAGUACGGUCAAUGCUUUGAUGACAGCAACGGAGCUAUUCGAAGAAUUCUCGAACUUGAUCACAAGCAAACUUAUCUUCAGGUUACAGCAGAAGGGUGUUAUAGACGCAGAGUACAAAUGUUCAGAGUUUCUGAAAUUUUAUAACGAGUUUUCACUUCGAACUUUCUUAAGACGUGAAUAUGAACUACGGAAAGAGACAGUAGAAGAACUGGAAAAUAAAUGUAGAUCGCUGGUGCUGCCCAGUAAGGAGGUCUUAUCCUCUUACUACACAGUGAUAAGAUCGAAAGAGAGAAUGAAUAUUGUCAUCAAGCUCAAGCCUCAUCACUUACGAUUCCAAGAGUAUGCUGGAGGGCAGUACGUGGUGUCACAGAUACUAGCCAAGGGGGAACGCUUCAACGGAAACAUCAUUCACCAACUACUAACGGAAGAUAUUCAGCCGGGUCCGACUGAGUACAAGUUGAAUUUGUAUAAUAUUUUACUCCACAUAACAGGCAUCAUGGCGACCUCAUACGGUUCACUCUUGGAUAAGUACUCGUCGCAAAUCCUUGAACUCGUGGAUAUAGGAGAUACCACCCAAGGGUCCCUCCACAUAAGUCCUCUACUAAGACAUAUCACGGAAGCCAGAAAUAACAGGUCGGUCAUAUUGGCCGUUACUGCCAGACUUAGGGUACUCACUCACGAGACGGAGAGAUCAGAGUGGAUUGUGGAAGAGAACUGCGUGGGUGCCCUGAUGGACGUGUUGAGUGUUACGGUACCAGAUGUGGUGAACAUUGUGAUACAGUCUGACCCAAGUGACGUGCCGCAGUUAGAAUCAGCCUUGGCACUGAUGAGCCAAAAGAAGAUCGAGCUGGAGAUAUACCUGAUGAAACACAUUUGGACCAAGUGUGUCUCUGGAGCUUCAGACUAUCUCAUGAAGACGUGUAAGGCCAACAUACGUAAGUCCGGGAAGGUGUGUCGCCUGACUGGGUUUGGAGGAUGUUUGGGGACAGGGGGCGUCCUGUGGCUGCCUCGCACACUGGUGUACCUGACGGUGAGGGUCAGCCCCCCCGCCCUGCACAUUCUAGACCAACACCUGCCACGCUUCACGCACCUCAGCCAUCUCGAGAUACAGUUGGAGGACGAGGAACGGUGUCCUGCCUCCAGCUUCCCGAUGCUCACCUUCAGCGGAGAUGUGUUGAGAUUUUACAUAUGCUCGGGCAUCACUGACCACCUCCACGACGUGUCUUGGGCAGCGGAUGUGGCAGUCAGGGUUUGGCCCAAGGAGGGACGGGGCAACUCUCAGGAUGCCGUCGGUUUCAGAGAUAUUAACCUCACCAGUACAGGAGCGGCCCUGCUGUUGUUCAUGUUGUCACAUUAUGGGUUUAAAGGCGCCUCUUACAUCUGGAUAGAGUUCUCACAGGUGAUGCCUUCAGAUGAGGUGGACCAAAUACAACGUUUAUCCAGGGAACUUCUCUCAACUCACCUCUACACCUGAGACACAUGCUGCUAGCCCUAACUAUCUGUGUAUCACCAUUACUCCUCCUCUGCUUUUUCAUGAACUAGAUCAAAGAUGAAGAAAUGGUAGGAAAUAUUGAUGCAAGAAGAGUGUAGACGAUGACAGGAAACAACUAAAAUAACAACAUUAAAUAUUCUACAUCCACUUCCUUUUGUUCUCUUCCUUCGUCCACAGUGUAUAAAGUGACGACCUUUCCACCUGGAUAUAAGACAGUAUGUGACAUAAAAGGACUCUCUUUAUCAUGUCCAUACACUUUGGAAAUAAAGCAGACGGUGAUAAAAAAGACAUUUCUAUUUCAAUAUACAGUACUUAUAGUCUCAACACCACCUCCCCUUCCUCACAUCCACAACAGUGAUUCCAUGGAUUUUAUUUUUUUUAAGUAUAUGUUCCUCAGUGGAUUAAUAUGUUCCAGCAAUGUGAACACUGAUGUAAACAUUGCUAGAAACAUAUACUGUAAUCCCUCCAAGUUUAUUCUUCAUCUAUAAUAUUUAAGUUAGUGAUUUAGCAUAUUUAUUGGAGCUCGAGAAAAUUUAGCAACGAUGAUAACAGUUUAAGGUUGCUCGUCAAAUUAUAUUCAUUUCCUUAUUGUUCAUACUGUGUAAUUAAUUUUGUGUUGCCGUUUUCUAUGUUGGUCCCUUUUCGUUGCUCUUAUAUGCCUCCUCCAUGGGGUAUUUUAUUAACAUUCUCGUUAUUUAUAUUAAUGUAAAGAAUACUAUCAUAGGUUUUAAGUUCAAUAAAAGUUUUUGGAGGA